UGAACUGUAUUUUAGAACUCAUCUACAUUUAAAAUGCCCCCCGCAGUUGGAGGUCCAGUUGGAUACACCCCCCCAGAUGGCGGCUGGGGGUGGGCCGUGCUAGUAGGAGCUUUCAUUUCCAUUGGCUUCUCUUAUGCAUUUGCCAAAUCCAUUACUGUGUUCUUCAAAGAAAUCGAAGGUAUAUUCAAUGCUUCAAGUAGUGAAGUGUCAUGGAUAUCCUCCACCAUGCUGGCUGUCAUGUAUGCUGGAGGUCCCAUCAGCAGCGUCCUGGUGAACAAAUACGGCAGUCGCCCGAUCAUGAUGGCUGGCGGCUGCUUGUCAGGCCUUGGCUUGGUUGCAGCGUCUUUCUGUAACACCGUGCAGGGACUUUACGUGUGCAUUGGAGUCAUUGGAGGUCUUGGGCUUGCCUUCAACUUGAAUCCUGCUCUGACCAUGAUUGGCAAGUAUUUCUACAAAAAACGGCCACUGGCGAAUGGACUGGCGAUGGCAGGCAGCCCCGUGUUCCUCUCCACCCUGGCCCCCCUCAAUCAGGUUCUCUUUAAUAUCUUUGGCUGGAGAGGAAGCUUCCUGAUCCUUGGGGGCUUGCUGCUAAACUGCUGUGUAGCUGGGUCGUUGAUGCGACCGAUAGGGCCCCCGGCGACCAGCGCGGGGAGGGAGAAGUUGAAACAGUCCCUCCAGGAAGCUGGAAAGUCGGAUGCAAAAAAAGAGUUAGGUGAUGCAAAUACAGAUUUAAUUGGAGGAAACCCCAAGGUGGAGAAACGAUCAGUCUUCCAAACAAUUAAUAAAUUCCUGGACUUUUCCUUAUUCAAGCACAGAGGCUUUUUGCUGUACCUCUUUGGAAAUACACUCAUGUUUUUUGGACUGUUUGCCCCUUUGGUCUUCCUUAGUAAUUAUGGCAAGAGUCAACAUUUCCCUAGCGAGAAGGCCGCCUUCCUUCUUUCCAUUCUGGCUUUCGUUGACAUGGUAGCCAGACCGUCUAUGGGACUUGUGGCCAACACAAGGUGGAUAAGACCGCGAGUCCAGUACUUCUUCGCCGCCUCUUGUAUUGCAAACGGAGUGUGUCAUAUGCUGGCACCUUUGUCCACCACCUACCUUCAUUUCUGUGUUUAUGCUGGAUUCUUUGGAUUUGCCUUUGGAUGGCUCAGCUCGGUAUUGUUUGAAACACUGAUGGACCUCGUUGGCCCUCAGCGGUUCUCCAGCGCUGUGGGGUUGGUGACCAUUGUGGAAUGCUGUCCUGUCCUCCUGGGGCCACCGAUGUUAGGCCGUCUCAAUGAUCUGUAUGGCGACUACAAGUACACGUACUGGGCGUGUGGCAUCAUCCUUAUCGUCGCGGGCAUUUACCUCUUCAUCGGCAUGGGCAUCAAUUAUCACCUUCUGGCAAGAGAGCAGGAAGCCGAGAAGCAAAGAGAGGAAAAUAAAGAGGAGGAGAUCAAUAUAGAUAUUGUUGACAAACCAAAGGAAGUGAUUGAUUCAACAGAAUCUCAAGAGCAGAAAAGCAUAGACGGAAGCCCCAAAGAAGAGGAGAAUCAAAUCUGAACCAGGGGCCAACGGGUAAAUGGAGCAGCUUGUGACCCAAGAGAGCUAAAACACUCUGCAGGCCUGCAACCCACCACUGGUGCUCAAUGCAAGUGUGGACAUCAUAGCAAGUGUUCAUUGGUGGGGUUUUUGUUUCACUCCUUCCCAGCAGCCUGAAUUAAACAUGAAUUGUCCUCUUAGGGAGGGAGUGGUUGGCAGGUUGGCAAAGAGUGAGGGAAGGAAGUCUUUUUUUUUUUUUUGGUUAAUGUUAGCUUUUAACAGUGUCAUGAAGAUUAUAAUAUGUGCCUUAAGUUUAGUCUUUAGACUCUUUAGGGGAGCCUUAACUUUUUAAACCAUUCUAUUGAAUUCAUCUAUGUUAACUGUUUCAUUAAAAGGAAAGCUAACUUAUUUUGAGGCAAAUCUAAAAUUUUAAAGUAAUCUUGCUUCAUUGUUAUUUGUAAUGUAUUGGUAGGCAUUCUCACUGGAAGAUUGCUGAGCAGAAAUAUUGGCUGAAAACUGGGGCUUAUGAGACUCCCCCUACCAAAGGCCUCUUAGCAUUGUCAAUAGUUGCCUGGCACAUGGGCCUGCUAGCUAUAUAUUUAGGAAAUUGAAAUCAUAAAACUUUGGAAACUUCUUGGCCGUUCUAGACACAGUAUAGGUAUCAUCACAUCUCCAGUAUCUUUUCAUGGGAUGCUUAUUAGAUGUCAUUAAAUUGAUAUCAUAAAAUUACUAUUUUUGCUCCCCUUUUCAGAGACACAUCUUGGGUGAUUAUAGAUCACUUAGUAUUAUUUUUUCACUGUUAAAGUUUGUAUUAAAAUAUGCCAAACUAUAUAUUUGUGCCUCUGUAGUAAAUACAACAUACCUAAUUAAAUGUAGACAGCUAUUUCAAACAGCAGCUGGAUUCAGCUAAGGUUUUUCUAGAUCCUCAGUAAAACUGUGAGAGUUGGAUUUUUUUUGUUUGUUUGCUUUCCUGGAAUUUUGCCCUUUGAUUCAUAGUGGUUUCUAGGUUUAUCUGCCAUCUACCUUAGAGCUAUGAGUGAGGUAUUCAGUCUGUGUGUGUGUGUGUGUGUGUGUGUGUGUGUUCUCCCUGGUGUUUGCUAGUUAAAGAGGGAUAUGACCAAUAAGGAUAAGAUUGGGAGGGAAGUUGCUAAGUUUUAAUACAUAACUCCUUUUAUUUUUUUUCUGAGGCCUUAAGUUAGAAUUAUGGACAUAUCCUUAUUCUCCAUGCAUACCUAAAAUUUUUGUGACCCUUUUCAAUUACUAAAGAGAUGGGUUCAGUUAAGGAUAGGAGGGAGGACGGACCAGAAUGAAAAUUGUAAUGUUUUUAAAACUAAUUUUUUGAAGUGAGGCAGGAAGAUAAUGCUAAUAAGACAUUGAAUGAAUUAUAGUCAAUACAUUUUAAAAUAUUGUAAUUAAUAGAAUGAAAGUGUAGAUAGGUACAAAACCUUGUGUAAGAGGCUGACUUUUUUAAAUAAACAGUUUUUUAGAAAUGUUUCUUCAAAUGUUUAUUUUCUUGAGGAAAACAUUUCUGUGUCUUUAUUUUCAUUAUCAAGUUUCAGUUUGUCCUUUGCUGAUAUGAAAUAAUUCAGCUUUUGUACUUUGGGAUUUGUUUAUAUGCUUAUUUUAUUAUGAUUCUUCCUUGAGACAAAUAGGAGGGGAACGUUGAAACCACCUCUCUGAAAGCGCUAGAUAAACCUCCGCAAGGGAGGUGCCAUUUCCUUCCGGGCAGCUGCCUUGGGCUAUAAGUCCCAUAACGCCACCAACCAGGCCUCCGGCUAGGACAGCUGCUGGGGGCCGGGGCAGGAGCUGAGCAGCCUGUCUGGCUCAGUAAUCCAGGAAGCAGGCGGGCCCUCUCCUUUCUGCAGCUUGACUUGCACCCUGGUACUGCUGGGAAGGAGCCUUGCAGGAGAGACGUGGAGGACAGACAUGAGGGGACCUGGAAGACACCUGUAGGUGACAGACACACGGGGAAGCUGCUCUUGGCAGAGACAGCGGCAGCAGCCGUUGCCGUGCUGUGUCUCCUACCCAGCCCUCCGGGCUUGCUGACCCCUUUCUUGUGGGACACUACAAGAAAGUACUUUAGACUUGGGACAAAACUUCAGGCCUUGCCUGCCCUGUUUCAAGCCAACCCUGUUUGGGCAUUUGCCCCACAUGGGGAUGGGUAAUUUGGAGUUUUACUGAGAAACUAUUACUAGGAGUGUUCUCGCUUUUCCUCCUUCUGUGCAUGUUAAUUCUAUUAAAUAUCUUUCACACUAAGAGUCUGCUUUUGCCUUUAUGCACAAAGAUAUCCUAGUUCCUUUCAGAGUAUGUAUCCCUUGGCAGCCUGGGAUUCCUGGGUACCCUUCGGGGACACUGUAACAAAAACAUCCAGAGCAGUUACCAUUUCUGUGCCCGAGUGUUGUGGCAGGAGGAGGGGCUCUAUGGAAGAAGCCUGCUGUGGCACCCUUAGCGUCAGUGUGGACUGUGCCAUAUUCCACAGACUUAACAUAAUCUGUUUGCUUUUCCCUUCUAUAAAAAUAGAAUUACAAUAAGGGAGGUAAUAUAAGUAAAGGGAAUGUGACUUUUUUUUAACAUAAAGAAAUUAUAUAGUGUACUUUUCUCCCAUUGCAAUUGUUGAGCUAAAUCCACAUUUUAGAUCCUACUUAGUUUUUGUUCAGUCAUUGAACUUGUUUAGCUGAAUGGGAGGUUGUGACAUGGACUUAAGUUUUGAAAUUGCUAUUAUUCAGAAACAAGGUUAAAAACUCGCUCAAGCCCUCCCUGGUGGCACAGCGGGUUAAAGCACAGCACUGAGAAGCUAAAGCCGCUUCCACAUGAGUUCGA